AUGGCGCUGCCCCCAGUGCUGGACGAAGAAAACCUCUACAAGUUCCGCACGAAGAUCUGCGAGCGCUACGUGAAGCAGGGCAGGUGCGAGUUUGCGGACAAGUGUCAGUACAGCCACGACCUCCGGUGGACGCGAAGACCGCCUUGGAAAUAUACUUAUUCUCCAGAACUUUGUCGGGAUUUGGAGUUUGUGAAAGAUGGAAGAGGCCGGACAAUAGCCAAGUCGAGUUGCAGGCAAAAGCGGAACUGCAGGUGUGCCCACACCAAGGAGGAGCAGAUGUACCACCCCAAGAUCUACAAAACGGUCCUUUGCAAACAGUUCAAAGACAACGGAUGGUGUGAUCGUUAUUAUUGUCCUUUUGCACAUUCCGAAAGUGAAUUGAGGCCUUCAGAUCAGUCUCCAGAAGUCCAGCAAGUCUUCGCUGGCGCGCCUUCGCAGGAGGCGCUCUGCCCCGAUAUCUACUUGCCCUCCGACCGGCCGCACCCGCGGCUUCGCGCGCGCUUCCUCGCAAUUAUGGACGGAGUUCCCCACCAAAGCCACUUGCACUUGUCUUUGGACCCCAGCUGCCUCUCAGCAGCAGCAGCAGCAGCAGCAGCAGCAGCAGCAGGCCGCACUCGCCAGCCCUACACGGACUUCAUUUCUUCCCACACUCCCCACUCUGUGCUUUCCGAGGGAUCUCCUGCAGCACAUCCGCAGCCUCUGUACCCUCCUCGAGCAGCAGGGGGCCCCCCGGGGGCCCCCGGGGGCCCCCAGGGGGCCCCCGGGGGGCCCCCCAAGGCGGGGGCUGCUGGCGAGGGGGGGCACUUGGGGCAGCGCGGCGGCGCUGCUGCUGCUGCUGCUGCUGCUGCUGCUGGCAGCCGCAGCAGCCUUGCUGCUGCUGCCUCGCUUCGACAAAAUAAUGCUGCAGCAGCAAACUCCGAAAGAAAAAACCAAAGACAAACUGCUGACCGCCUCGUGCUGCUGCUGCAGGCGCAGCGAACUGCAGCAGCAGGCGCGGGCAGCAACAGCAGCAGCAACAGCAGCAGCAACAGCAGCAGCAACUUCAAAAGCAGCAGCAAUGCCACGAACAAUAAAUUCAGCAACGAGAGUUCUUUGAAGGCAGCUUUGUCUGCGGCGUCGCUGCAGGCGGACUCGCAGCGGCAGCAGCAGCAGCUGCUGCAGCAGCAGCAGCUGCAGCAGCAGCUGCAGCAGCUGCAGCAGGGGGCCCCCAGCCUCGCAGAGGGGCCCCCCGGAUUCAUUAGUGCUUAUGCUUCUACUCAUUCUGCUGCUUCUGCGCACCCCUGGCCUUCUUUGCCAGAAUCCCCUGAGGCUUCUCAGCUGCAGCAGGCGCAUGACCCAGCAGCAGCAGCAGCAGCAGCAGCAGCUGCUGCUGCUUCGAAGGCAGCAGCAGCAGCAGCUGGCGGCGAGCCCCCCCAAGACUUCUUCGCGCCGCUCCCCAACAGACCACUGGUCAGCCAGGCGGCCCGCUGGACGCCCAUGGAGGCUUCGCCGCCGCAAACAGCAGCAGCAGCAGCAGCAGCAGCAGCAGCAGCAGCAGCAGCAGCAGCAGCAGAGGGGGCCGCAGUGCCGCUGAGGGGAGUCAGUGCGUCGCUGGGCCAGACGGAAGUGUGGUCGGGGCCGCAGCAGGCGCUGCCGCGCGCUGCAGGCCCGUCGCCCGCAGCAGCAGCAGCAGCAGCAGCAGCAGCAGCAGCAGCAGCAGCAGCAGCAGCAGGGGGGCCGGACUUUCGCGUGAAGUGCCUCAGCAGCGAAGUUUGCUACUGGACUGAACCCCUCGGAGGCAGCAGAGAUGACCCCAGUGUCCUUGUCUUUGCAGGACUGAUGGGGGGCCCCCCGGGGGCCCCCGGGGGCCCCCGGGGGCCCCCCGAGAGUGUUGCAGUGAAGCAGCUGCCUGUUGUUGUUGCUGCUCGUGCUGCUGAGCUGUGGCAGGAGGUCGAGCUGCUGCUGCUGCUGCAGGACCCCCACCUGGUUUGCUGCAGGCGCGCGCUGCUGCUGCCGGGGGCCCCCCAAGAGGGCGCCACUUUGUUCUUCUUCGCCUCCGGGGGAUUCCACCCCUACGGAAGCCCCAACGACCCCAUGAUUCUUUCGAACAUUUUGGCGGACAAAAAAGUCAACUUCGACAAGCUCGCCGAUUGCCCCUGGCUUUCCGACCUCCUGGGCGGGCUGCUGCAGCACAAACCUGAACAGCGACUCACCAUUGCCCAGGCGCUUCACCAUCCUCUUUUUUGGGACUCCGAGGACAUUGAAAAGUACCUCCAGGACUUCAAAGCCUUCCUCGAGACGCGCUGCCCCGAGGCGCUGCAGCUGCAGGCGGCGCUGCACUACGACAUUGGCUGGGUCCAUUCGCUGGGCUUUAUAUCAUCGCCGCUUCCUUUGCUGCAGCUGCUGCUGUCUUACGUUGCUGCUGCUGCUGCUGCUCCCGAGCUGCUCGCGCUGCAGCAGCCGCAAAGCCCCUGCAGCCUGCUGGUCUUCUUGGCUCUCUUAGCAGCAGAUAAGAGACUCGGACUUGUCCAAAGAAGACUUGCUGUUUCCGAAUGCCUCAUGGCGCAUGCAGCCCCAUUCCUGCACACUGUCCACGCCUUCCUCUUCCCCAGGCUGCUGCAGCAGCAGCAGCAGCAGCAGCAGCAGCAGCAGCAGCAGGUGCUGCUGCUGCUGCAGCAGCCGCAGCAAGACAGGUACGCAGCAGCGCCGGCGCCAACAGCAGCCGCGCACGCUCUUGCUGCUCCAGGACUCGCCCAGCUCGGCAAGCCCAGGGACAAGCUGCUGCAGCAGCAGCAGCAGCAGCAGCAGCAGCAGCAGCAGGUCAUUGGAGCGUUUGUUGAGACUCAGCCUUCCUCGGUCUUCCCGGAUGGCGCGCUUAGAGCUGCAGCUGCAGCAGCAGCUCAGCAGCAGCAGCAGCAGCAGCAGCAGCAGCAGCAGCAGCAGCAGCAGCAGCAGCAGCAGGAGCCGCACGCAUUCCCGUUUGCUUCGAGGACUUCUGCUGCAUGCCGCAUGCAAGACUUUGCUGAGGGCCCCAAGAGCAUCCGGGCGGGGGCCCAGCCGACGCCCAGCUCAGCUGCAGCAGCAGCAGCAGCAGCAGCAACAGCAGCAGCCGUUGCUGCUGCUGCAGCAGAGCCCAGCAGCGCAUGGCCGGACAGGAAGGUAGCGGUGGAUUUCCUGUUUGCUGCUGACAGCAGCGCCCCGCUAAAUCCCAGAGCAGCAGCAGCAGCAGCAGCAGCAGCAGCUGCUGCUGCUGCUGCUGCCAAUGCAAAUGAGGCAGCUGCAACAAGGCCUCUUACAGGGGCAGAGGCAGUCAAAGCCACGCGUGACAUGCACAGCAGCAGCAGCAGCAGCAGCAACAGCAGCAGCAACAGCAGCAGCAACGAAGAGCAGCCAGACAGCAGCAGAAUGCCGAAAGAAGCAGCAAAGAAGGCCUACAAAAAUGAGCCCAAGCAUCGCCAAGCAGCAGCAACAGCAGCACAAGCAGCAGCAGCUGCUGCUGGAGAAGACAGCCGAUGGAAAACCGCAGAGCAGCAGCAGCAGCAGCAGCAGCAGCAGCAGCAAAUAAAUUCUCAGCAGCCUUUGGGCUUGGGCAGGGGAAAGGGGCUGUGGGCUCCUACGGCGGCAGCAGCAGCAGCAGCAGCAGCACAAGCAGCAGCAGCACAAGCAGCAGCAGUAGCAGCAGCAGCAGCAGCAGCUCCUGCCAUCGUCGGAAGGACUACUGUGGGGAUGCAGUCGCUGCCUGUGGAAGCAGCUAGGGGAGACCCAGCAGGAGAAGCAGCAGCAGCAGCAGCAGAGCUGCAGCAGCAGCAGCAGCAGCAGCAGCAGCCUGACAGCAGCAAAACAGAUGCGGAACGCUGGUCCCUCUCCUUUCCAUUUCUGCCCCGGCCCGGCGGCAGCAGCAGCAGCAACAGCAGCAACAGCAGCAGCAACAGCAACAGCAGCCGCAGCGGCUACCCGUCGGCAGCUGCUGCAGCGGCUGCCGCGGCCGCAGCAGCAGCAGCUGCUGCUGCUGCUGCUGCUGCGGGGCCCCACGCUGCAGCAGAAGCAGCAAACUGCAGCGGAGGGACACAAAUGAGAGCAGCAAAAGAUGUAAUUGUGCAAAGUGACAUUUCUGUAGGUGUGGGGCGUUUUGGGCCUUCGGGUGUAUGUACAGAGGAGAAGGAGCGGCUGGGGUGUGUGGGGAGCGGCGCGGCGCUGCUGCAGCAGCUGCAGCAGCUGCAGCAGCUGCAGCAGCUGCAGCAGCUGCAGCAGCUGCAGCAGCUGCAGCAAAUGCCCGUCGCCAGCAGCACUGUCUCCACUGCCUUCUCAGCAGCAACAACUAGCGAAGGCUGCCAGGCCCAUUCGCAGCAGGCGGAGGCCUUGCCGGACUCGAAGCAGCAAGCUGCAGAAGCAGCAGCAGCAGCAGCAGCAGCAGCAGCAGCAGCGGCAGCAGCAGCAGCAGCGGAAGGCAGCAGCAGACUGGCCCGGGAAACACCUGCUGCACCCUGCCAAAAUGCAGCAGCAGAAAUACUCGAAGGCAAAAGCAGCAAAUGUGCAGCAGCAGCAGCAGCAGCAGCAGCAAAGAGCGGCGAGGCAGCAGCUGUCGAUACACCCCAAACGCAUGCAGACAGACGGGAAACGAAACGAAGAGACGGCGCCAACGCCUGUUUAAUUCAAUAA